CAUGACUAGGACAUUAAUGCAAGCGGUUCGUAAAAAUUAUUAAGAGCGAGAUGGAGAACAAAAUCUAGAACUUUGGGGAAAAACACAGAAUAACAAAAAUAAUAGAGAUUUGUCAUCAUAUUAUCAUAUUCAAAUACAAAGUUGAAAUGCAAAAAGUCAUCUAUAUCUACAGGUGUAAAACCAAAAUGCAGCUUUCUAAAAUAUAUCACCCAGGCAGCUGUUUCAGGGAGCUGAGCAAAAAAAAAAGUAAAAUAAUGGAUGAGUGCCCAACAGAUUUAUUGGAAAAAUGGUAAGAUGCAGAUUAUGGAUAAAGACGGAAAAUGAUGAGGCAAAUGAGAGGGAUUAAUAGAUAGCAGUGUUGUCAGCGCACGAUGGAAAGAAUGAUUUCCUUCUUUACCGAAUAUUUAUUAACGCUGAUGUAAAUCUGAAAUUAACAUCAGAUCACGCAGGACGAAAUCAGUUACAACACUGAUUGCUGAUUCUAAUCAGUUACAUUGCGACACAGGGAUUUUUUUUGCAUUCACUGAAACCAACAUGGACUACACUCGGUCCUUGCAACAAGGUUUAAAACAGCACCGAUGAGGAGUAAAAUGGUCGAGUAGAAGCAAUGUUAAACCUGUAUAUUUGAUUUGGGAGCGUGUUGAGUUCAGUUCUGCAAUGCUGGAGUGGAUGCUCUGGUUGGAAGUGUGUGAAUAUUCAGCAGCUCAUUUGCAUGUAUUAACAUCCCCCAAGAGCGCCGGCCAUCAUUUGCCCGCAGUCGGCGUUCCCAUUUGCUCUGUGGCGGCUCCGCAGUACCGGUGCCUGCAUGCUGUCGCAUCUGCCUUAUGAGUCGCAUCGCUUGACCACAUCCAUUGGUGCAAUUCGAUAAAGUUUCUUUUUCUAUCCAGUAGCUGUCGGUGUAGGUGAAAUUUUGCCGCCCUCCUCCUCCUCCUCCUCUCUCUUUCGCUCUCUGUCUCUCUCUUCCCCCCCACCCCCUCUCCAUUCCUUCAUCCCCUUCUUCGUGCCCCAGCAGCUCGCUGUGCCGCUGCGGGAAAGCGUCGCUGGGAAGGUCGGUGUGAGACGGCCGAGGCUCGGGCGCAGGCCCAGGCCUGGUUACCAUGGCAGCCGCCAAGGACGGAGUGGUGCAGGAAAAGUACAAGUUGGUGGUGGUGGGCGGUGGCGGCGUAGGCAAGAGCGCUCUCACCAUUCAGUUUAUCCAGUCUUAUUUCGUUACGGAUUAUGACCCUACAAUUGAAGAUUCCUAUACCAAACAGUGUGUUAUUGAUGAUAGGGCGGCAAGAUUGGAUAUUUUAGACACAGCAGGACAAGAAGAAUUUGGAGCCAUGCGAGAGCAGUACAUGAGGACAGGAGAGGGUUUUCUGCUGGUUUUCUCUGUUACUGAUAGAGGAAGUUUUGAAGAAAUUUAUAAGUUCCAAAGACAGAUCCUUCGAGUGAAAGAUCGUGAUGAAUUCCCUAUGAUCCUUGUGGGUAAUAAAGCUGACUUGGAACAUCAAAGGCAGAUAACGACAGAGGAAGGGCUGCAACUUGCGAGGCAGCUCAAAGUAACAUACAUGGAGGCUUCAGCUAAAAUUCGUUUGAAUGUAGACCAGGCUUUUCAUGAACUAGUUCGAGUUAUAAGGAGAUUUCAAGAGCAGGAAUGCCCUCCUUCUCCUGAACCAUCACGGAAUGAAAAAGACAGUAGUGGCUGCCACUGUGUUUUAAUCUGAGAGAUGCUGGUUUGUCUGCUCUCAACAGCUGCCAAACCACCUGCCCCCAUUUCUGCCUUCAAAAAAAAACAUUUGUGUCAAUCAAUAUUGCCUCUUUACUGCAUGCUUACGAUUUGGUCGCAGAUUGCCUUAGUCUAAUUUAAAAAAAAAGCUGGCUGUGAUGUGCACUUGAUUGGGGAGGGGCUGGUGGGGACAUUUUGUCACCUCUCUUGCCCCCAAGGCAGGAGGUGAAGUUUAAGGAAUAUAAACACUAAGGCUGCUACUUAAAUGUCAUAUUUCUAUUUGUUUCAGGAAUGAUAUUUCUAUUUGAUAGGAGAAAAAAUUCAGAAUGUAGAAAAUUGAUUUGAGCUAAUUUGCCUUGAAGUGUUUAAAAUCCAUGCUUACAUGUCUUGUCCACAGUGCCAUUUAACUUUUAAUGCUAUAAUUAUGCGUUAAUCAUUAUUGUACAUAAGGAUCCAUGAUUUCCAAGAAAAUUAACUGUCAUAUGAUAAGAGAAGGGCAACAAGGAGGCGUGAAUUUGUCAUUUCUUUGCCCUGGAUAAAAUACAUAGAAUAAGCCUUAAAUAACACUUGUUGGUAAGAGUCUGAGUUUUGUGCAAUGCUGCAGUUUGUUCCAGUGGCCAAAUCCAGUCAGUCUACUGUAUUUAUUUUAAGCAGUCCAGAGAGAUUUUUGGGAAUCAAUGUGGCCAAACACCUGUGAUCUCACUGGAUAUGAACAUUUUUCUUUUGUUUUGUUUUUUUUAAACCAAUCUCACAUCAUUGUUGAGGAGUUCCAAGUCUUCUAUUUGUCUUCCUUUGAUGUGACUGUAUUUUGGGAUAAGGGAUUCAAAGUGCUAAAGUGUAGUUGUUUUUCCUCAUGUUAUAUAAAGAGAUGGGAUUGAUUCUUCCAUUGAUGAAGAUGAUUAAAUGUUUUUCUAUAUACUUUUAUACAUUAUUUUCUUAUCAAACUAGUUAACAAGUAUUUUUAUAUGUUUGUAAACAAAUAUGCUUUCACAGCAUAACUUGUGUAUAUGUAAAGAUGAGUAUUUAAUUCUUGCAUUUCACUUUUAACUGACAAACUUACAGGUAUAAUUUACAGAACUGUGGUAAUAUUUUCCUAAAUAUCCUCAUGGCAGCUGGGUGUGCCUAGCUAUGUCUGGUCAUGUGCCUGCAGAAUGUACCCACACAGACAUUAGCAUGCUCAACUAUACAGAAUGCUCUGACCAGGCAUUUCAGAAGGUGGAUCUGUUAUGUAAAAGUUCGGAAUCUGAUAAACUCGUGAUUUUUUUUGGGUUUGACUGUGAGUACAAGUUCAACGGAUGAAUAACUUGGUUUGUGAUUUGUCCUUUGAACUGGAUCGCUGGAAAGAUGCACACAACAAUCCUGAUACUGUCUCUACAUCAACUCUUUGAAGUUUGAUCCUACUACAGCCUUGUAUAGCUUCUGGUGCUAGAAUAAAGGUUGAUUAAUUUAGUGGAAGACUUAUUAUUUUCUCUGUGCCUCCUUUGCCUUGACACUUAAUUAUUAAAUUUAUUAGUAAUCAUUGACUAAAAAGUGUCUUGGUGCCUUUUCCUAUCUUCAAAUGAAUUGCUGUCACUCAGUGUACUCUAUCUUGAAGUUUGAUUGUAGCAUUGUUAGUAUGCUAUUUUCAUAGUCAUGUAAUAUUUCACAAAAGUUGGAUGCAUUGUACCUUUCAGAUGGAAUGUGUUCUUUAGUAGUGUAUUGUCUGUUUGCACAAUCUUGGUGGGGGGGGUGGGGGCUAACUGCUUGGCUUUUAAUGUUGGCAUUAGUUUGGACUGGAUCAAUAUCAGAUGAACAGCUGAGGGGCAGGUACAUACAAAAAUAGGAAAAUGAAAUCAGUCCAGUGGACAGUGCAGGCAUAUGGACAUAAAGCAUGUGGAAGAAGUGUGAGACUAAAAUGCAUCUAAUGCAAGAAGUUGGGCUAGUAAAACUGAACUUAGCAUUGGGGAUAUGAUAUUGUUGUCAGAUGUGGUUGAAAGGACAGCAUUAGCAACUCAAAAUUCCAGGGUAUAGUAUCUUUGGUGGUGUAAAAGAAGAGGUGGUAUUGUUAUAUUUUUAAGGAAUGUUAUUUCAGUAAUGAGUGAUAUCCUCAGAGUAAAGCCAUAUAGGUGGAACUAAGGAACAAAGAGGCUAAUUGCUUUGCUACGUAUUUUACUAAAUGUCUCUUAAUGUUCGGAGGAGCAGUUAUGUAGAAAAGUGGCAGAUAGGAGUAGGAGUAAGAUUAAUGUGGUUAUAGUGGUACUGGGAUGGAUUUUUUUGAGUUGUGAGAGGAGAGCGUUUUUGAUCCAGUACCUAGUCCUAGGGAAGGGACUGUAUUGGACUUUGGAGAAUGUAGCUGAGCAAGUGAUUGAAGUGGCAGUGGAAGGACUGCUUUUUGGAGAUGACAGCCAUUGACAUAGUUAAAUAUAAAGAGUAAGUGUAGUUGUGAGAGAAGGUUGAUAGCAAUAUCAUAGACAAGACCCAGUAGAAGCAGGCUGGAUGCACCUGCAGUUUUAAAUUUGCUUGUGACAUGUGAAAGGACAGCAAGACAUUCAGCAUUCUUUGGACAAAGAUUGUGGAGGGUUGGAUGAAAAGUAAAAAGCAUUGUUGUAACUGUAGAAAACAGAAAAUGAGGAAAUCCUGCAAGAGUAUAGAACAUGUUUGAGGGUGAUGUUUUUGGUUACAAAACAACAUUGAGGUUUAAGAGCUGUAAAAUAUCAUUGGUAGAUGUGAUUAAUGAAAAUCUCGAAGUAAUUUAAGGGCAAAAUGAUAACUGGGGAAAAAGUAGGGCCCAUUAGGAGCAAGGAGUGGUAAGUACCUGGAAUUAGAAGAAAGAUGAGGUUUUCAAUGGAUGCUUCUCUAAUAGUUGGGUGUUCAGGGAAGAGGAUUGUGAAAUUUGAGAAUAUUUUUAUCAAUCAGGAGGAUGUUUUGGAUGUCUUGGAGGUUAAAGAUGGAUAGACCCAAGUCUCUAAGAUGUAAACAAAGCUAUUAAUGGAGGCAAGUGAAGAGAUAGGUGUGGCCAUGACAGCUUUUAAAUCUCGUUGCAGGUAAGGUGGCACAUGACCAGAAGACAGCAAUUGUGGUACCAUUUAUACAAGGGCAGCAGGGAUAAGGUGGGUGCUUAACAGACUUGUGAUUGCUGUUCCCUCUAAGCUGCAGGACUGCGCAGUAACUAAAAUGGUCCCACGCACGUAGCCUUUGUUAUUGCGCAGCUGGAAUUAGAUGCAGCUAGAAAAAGUUUACGAAACAUGAAAGAUUUUUGUACUGUAUUUCAUUAUACCUUUCAAUUAAUAAAUAAAAUCAAAAGUGUAUGAUUCUUCAAUUUUCAUUCUAAAUAUUCAUAGUAUGCAUACAGUUAUUACAAAAAAAAUUUAGAGUGCCACGUG